GUAUUAGGACUUUGGAGUUUGCCAAAAAACAGUAGGUUAUUCUGGCUGGAAUUGUUACUCUCCUUUCAUGUAAAAAUUACUGCCAUGUAGAUUCGGACGGGACAAAAAUUAUAGAUGUGGUGUUUUGUGCUAGUGGACAAAUAUAUUACCCGACCUCCCCCAGUAAUACUAAUACCGUCCGAAUAGGGCUCCUACAUCUUUAGAAAUUAAGUCUCGAUAUUCCUUCUUAAUUCGCUCGAUGACGUUAUAGAAAAAAGUGUUUAUUGGAUAAAUGUGGAACCACUUUCCUUGCUGCGAAAAAAUUAAUUGGCCUUGGUCCGUCUUUUGGGCUAGUUUUGGGGGGUCAUUUUCUUAAAAUAUUGCUUGACCCUGGCAACCCUGCGUAGUAUGUUACUUUACCUGUGUACAGGUAGCCAAUUUCGCAUCGGAAUAGGAGCUCUCGACUCCUUGGUUGCUUAGUUAGGCUAAAUCUGUGUGGUCUGAUUUAGUAGGCUAUAUACAAGGUUGUCGCCCAUAAUUUUGUUAUCAGAGGGAAUGAUAACUGGAACGUGCACUUUCACUUUUACUUACUAGCCCACAAACUCGGAACGAAGGAGAUGGCAGUCAGCUUUUUUUGGAAAGUUACCAUACCGUUUUUGGCAUAUUUUGCUGUGGAGGUGACAGGUGAACAGCAGCAUGGUGGCCUGGGAGGAGAGAUCACCCUGACCCCCAAGGUCUCAGGACAGCCUGAAGACAUCUUGUGGACAUACAAUGGGAACAAGGUGGUGGAGUUUGAUGGGAGUCAGAAUGUAGAGUAUGGCAGGUAUAAAGGCAGGACCAUCCUGGACUGGGGCUCUGGAGCGCUAACUAUCAAAGGUCUCACUGAUGCAGACAGUGGGCCCUAUGAGUUAGAGGCUGUUGUCAAGGGCAUGCUGCAGUACUCUCAACAUGAGGUGGACGUUAUUGAUGAUGUGGUACAGCCCAGCGUAACCUGUGUGGUCAACAACACAACCCCAGAGAACAUGGACAGAACCCUGCUGUGCUCAGCUGACCUCCAGCCCCUGACCCAGUUCAUCUGGAGGAGUCCUGGAGGGUCAGAGAGUCCUGGACUUGAACUGUUCAUACCUGGGGGGGAGAACCAGGAUUCUGAGAACCAGGAGUCUGUCUACACAUGUGUGGUGAAAAACCCUGUUAGUGAGAACUGCAUUGUUCACCCUGAAGGACUGCUACACUGGUAAGAUAACACUUCUAAA